AUGGUCACACCAAUGAUAAAGAAUUAUAGACCAAUUCUGUUAUUAUUUAUUUAUGUUAUGUUGGGUAUUUUAAUUGAUCAAAUCUUUAUUCGUAAAGCUUUUCUACCUAAAUCAACGUGUGCAUCAUACACACUAUCGAUAAAAAAUCCAAUUGAAAUUCCAUUUCAAGUAUCACCCAAUGUUCAAAUUAUUAAUUUAAGUCAACCGAUUAAUGCUGAUUUUAAAUGUAUAAAUACCAAAAAACUUCUGAAUUUUAUCAAUACUACUAUAUGUUUACAUGAAACCAAAAAUGAUAGAUUUGUUAGUAAUUCAUUCCAUGGUACAGAUUCUAUUUGGGAAGAAGAAGGAGUAAAACGUAUACUUCAACUUCUUAUUCGUCAUCCAUAUCUUGAUUUUAUUGAUAUUGGAGCAAAUAUUGGUACUUAUACAAUGUAUGCUGCUGCUUUAGGUCGAUUUGUAUUGGCUAUUGAUUGUUUUGCUCCUAAUAUUAAUCGUAUUCAUCGUGCUGUUCAAAUAACUAACGUUGCUAAUCGAGUUGUUCUUAUUCAAAAUGCAAUUUUUACUCAUUCUGGACAAUAUUUACAUUUGAAAAACUAUUCAAGAAAUAUUGGUGGACAAGAAUUAGAUAUUUCUAAAAAACUGUUUAUUAAUCAGAAUGUAAUAAACAAUCCAUAUAUAGUUAAAACAAUAAAAUUUGAUGAAUUAUUACCGAUAUUAGUUGCACGAGGUGUUCGUGGAGCAAUUAUAAAAAUGGACAUAGAAAGAAGUGAAAGCUUUGUUGUUGAAAGUGGAAGUCGAGUAUUUGAUACAUUAGAAAUUCCAUUUGUACAAAUGGAGUGGAUGGGAGUACGUUCGUACCCAGAUCGUGCUAAAGUUAUAAUAGAUUUUUUUGUGAAACGUGGUUAUGACCCUAAGACAGAUUCAUGUAAAUUGUUAAGUAUAACUCAACAUGCGACAUGGCCUGACGGAAUAUGUUGGAUAAAAAGAAAUGUUUCUAAUUUUUGUUAA